GUACUGGCAAACGCGGAGGCGGCAGCUGCGGCGGUGAUGGCAUUCGGGAUAGGGAGAUGCUGCUGUUGCCGAUGGUUGCCAACUUCACUUAUGCGCUCGUGUGCUUGCCACUGGGAUGUUCCAGACUGAUCCAGUCGAGAUCGAGCUUCAGUGUUCGUGAGGAUGGUGGCAGUGAUAGCGGUGGUGCCAAUGGAAGUGGGGAUCUGAUGCUGGUGAUCCUGCCGCUGCUGCUGAUUCGCAGCUUCGCUCCUCCGCUCGUGAGCUUGCCAGUGGGAUGUUGGUUGGGAUCCAGACCGAUCCUGUCGAGAUUGCGACCGGUCAUGAUGAUGCUGCUGCUGCUGCUGCUGCUGCUCAUGAUGAUGAUGAUGAUGAUGCCGAUGAUGCCGAUGAUGUUGAUGAUGAUGAUGUUGAUGAUGAUCGUGAUGAUCAUGAUGAUGAUGGUGAUGAUGGUGAUGAUGAUCCAGUCCCAAGCUGUCGCCCACUUGAAGGGCAGGGAACAGAAAGCCGUCGUCCGAUUCAACAGCAGUCGUAGAUUGAAAAUCGUCGGAUUGCAGAGCAGGAGUGUCAGGGCGAGAAUGAUGGACAAGAUGUGGAGAGGAGAUGGACAAGAAGGCUUGCUGCCUCUGUCUGUGGCUGUCAAAGCCGUUCGCCAUGUUAUUACUUUCUGAAGAGAAACCUACUCCUGGCUGCUCCCCAGUAGUCCUCCUCGUCCUGCACCCUCUCCUCAUCCAAAUACCACCGCUCUGCUGUGUCCCUUCGUCCAUUGCGGCCUCUCAAUUUUGCUGAGGAAUUCUCUGAGUCUCGUUGAUGUCGAAGGAAAAUAAAUAAAUAAAUAAUUAGAUAAGUAAAGGGGAACGAAUACU